AUGGCUGGCGGUGCGGGUACGGACGCCACCCUGGAGGUGCACAUGGCUGGUGGUGCGGGUACGGACGCCACCCUGGAGGUGCACAUGGCUGGUGGUGCGGGUACGGACGCCACCCUGGAGGUGCACAUGGCUGGUGGUGCGGGUACGGACGCCACCCUGGAAGUGUACAUGGCUGGUGGUGCGGGUACGGACGCCACCCUGGAGGUGUACAUGGCUGGUGGUGCGGGUACGGACGCCACCCUGGAGGUGUACAUGGCUGGUGGUGCGGGUACGGACGCCACCCUGGAGGUGUACAUGGCUGGUGGUGCGGGUACGGACGCCACCCUGGAGGUGCACAUGUCUGGUGGUGCGGGUACAGACGCCACCCUGGAGGUGCACAUGUCUGGUGGUGCGGGUACAGACGCCACCCUGGAGGUGCACAUGUCUGGUGGUGCGGGUACAGACGCCACCCUGGAGGUGCACAUGGCUGGUGGUGCGGGUACGGACGCCACCCUGGAGGUGCACAUGGCUGGUGGUGCGGGUACGGAGGCCACCCUGGAGGUGCACAUGGCUGGUGGUGCGGGUACAGACGCCACCCUGGAGGUGCACAUGGCUGGUGGUGCGGGUACGGACGCCACCCUGGAGGUGCACAUGGCUGGUGGUGCGGGUACGGACGCCACCCUGGAGGUGCACAUGGCUGGUGGUGCGGGUACGGACGCCACCCUGGAGGUGCACAUGGCUGGUGGUGCGGGUACGGACGCCACCCUGGAGGUGCACAUGGCUGGUGGUGCGGGUACGGACGCCACCCUGGAGGUGUACAUGGCUGGUGGUGCGGGUACGGACGCCACCCUGGAGGUGUACAUGGCUGGUGGUGCGGGUACGGACGCCACCCUGGAGGUGCACAUGGCUGGUGGUGCGGGUACGGACGCCACCCUGGAGGUGUACAUGGCUGGUGGUGCGGGUACGGACGUCACCCUGGAGGUGUACAUGGCUGGUGGUGCGGGUACGGACGCCACCCUGGAGGUGCACAUGGCUGGUGGUGCGGGUACGGACGCCACCCUGGAGGUGUACAUGGCUGGUGGUGCGGGUACGGACGCCACCCUGGAGGUGCACAUGGCUGGUGGUGCGGGUACGGACGCCACCCUGGAGGUGUACAUGGCUGGUGGUGCGGGUACGGACGCCACCCUGGAGGUGUACAUGGCUGGUGGUGCGGGUACGGACGCCACCCUGGAGGUGCACAUGGCUGGUGGUGCGGGUACGGACGUCACCCUGGAGGUGUACAUGGCUGGUGGUGCGGGUACGGACGCCACCCUGGAGGUGCACAUGGCUGGUGGUGCGGGUACGGACGCCACCCUGGAGGUGCACAUGGCUGGUGGUGCGGGUACGGACGCCACCCUGGAGGUGUACAUGGCUGGUGGUGCGGGUACGGACGUCACCCUGGAGGUGUACAUGGAGGGCUGCUGGUGGUGCGGGUACGGACGCCACCCUGGAGGUGCACAUGGCUGGUGGUGCGGGUACGGACGCCACCCUGGAGGUGCACAUGGCUGGUGGUGCGGGUACGGACGUCACCCUGGAGGUGUACAUGGCUGGUGGUGCGGGUACGGACGCCACCCUGGAGGUGCACAUGGCUGGUGGUGCGGGUACGGACGCCACCCUGGAGGUGUACAUGGCUGGUGGUGCGGGUACGGACGUCACCCUGGAGGUGUACAUGGCUGGUGGUGCUGUAACACCACUCUCUUGUAA